AUGAAAUCGGGAUGCAGUGUUUUUGUAGGAAAUAUUGAUUUUGAAGUUCCUGUUGAUAAACUUAUAGAAGAACUAGGUGCUGUUGGUAAAGUUGUAGAUUUUAAACUAAUGGUUGAUAAAAAUACAAAUAAAUCGAAAGGAUUUGGGUUUUGUGAAUAUGAAUCACCCCUCAUAGCAGAAAAGGCUAUUAAACAUUUAAACAUUUCUUUUAAUGGGCGACCAGUAGUAAUUAAUUAUGCAGAGAAAGACACACCAGUUGAGAUAAAGGAAGAAACAACUUCUUUAGACAUAAAUAAUAUUAUUAAUGUGCUUAAUAAUAUGGAUGCAGAUAACUUAAAAGAAGUUAUUUUGUAUUUAAAAAAUUUAGCAAUUUCACAACCUACUUUUUUUAAGGAACUUCUUGCAAAAAAUAAUCAGCUGGUUUAUGCACUUCUUUAUUCUUUUAAACUUUUAAAAUUGGUGGAUGAAUCAUUAAUAACAGAUUUUAUCAAACAGAGUUUUAGUUUAGAAGAUAAUAAAGUACAAAUUUUAGAAAGAAUUAAAACUCUUAGUGACGAUGAAUUAGAAACUUUUUCUGGUGAUGUUAGAGAAAAAAUUAUAUAUUUAAGAAAUAAUUUGUUUAAGAAAAUUGAAUAA